CCCUUAAAUGCCUUAAUAACCUGAUUUGAACACAAACCCAAAGUAUUGAGAGCAAAUCGAACCUGACCUCAAUCAGACCAAAAUAAUCUGAACUCGUUUAACUCAUUUAUCAUAUUUUAAAAUAAUACUCCGUAUUAGAGAUUUACACUGUUUAAGAUUUACACAACCCAAAUUUUAACUCGAAUCAAAUCCAUUAACCCAAAUUGACAGGUCUACAGAAGUACACUUAAAAAAAAAAAAAACCACGUAAUUUUAAAAAUGUUUUUGGUUCACCGGCUACGCGCACUUUAGCAAAACCCCAUCUCUCUCUAAUAUCUAGGAUUCUAGGGCACCAUCUUUAUCUCACCCGCCAUUACUGUAAUUCUUGAAGCUUUUCUCUUUCUUUCUUCCUCCAUUAAAAUGGUGAGGACUGUACGACCUCAUCAUCAGCCUCAGGAAGACGAAGAAGACGACGCUGAAGAUGUUGCUGCUGGUACUGACACCUCUUCUCACCGAGAGGGGAAAAGCGCGGAGCAGAAACCUAGUAAUUAUAGGUCGAAGCAUUCGGAAACUGAGCAGCGUCGGAGGAGUAAAAUUAAUGAAAGGUUCCAGAUAUUGAAAGAUCUGAUACCCCCAAAUGAGCAAAAGAGGGAUAAGGCCUCGCUGUUACUAGAGGUUAUAGAGUACAUCCGAUACCUACAAGAGAAGUUGCAAGUUUAUGAAGGACCAUAUCAACAACAAGCAUGGCCUCAUGAGGCCACCAAAUUAAUACCAUGGAGAGCUAAUCAUGGGCCUGUGGACAACUAUGCUAAUCAUUCUCAAGUCAUGAAAAAUGGCUUUCUGGAUGAAAAUUCUUCAGUGCAACCCAUGACAGCCAUACAAGGCUCAGUGGAGCCGGAGUUCGGUGGAGAAUUUUCCUUCAGAGCAGAUCAUCAUCAUGCUGGGUCAGUGAACCCCGUUGUUCCUAUGAGCAUUCCGUUGCAACCUUGUACAUACCCUCCUGGAAGAGGUAUCCUGCCUAUUGAGAAUGUUGCUUCUCAUCCUCAUGGAUCAUCUGCAGCUGACGGUUCUAUCUUAUUAAGUGAAGAUGGCACAUUUGAAAGGGGCUCAAGUAGUGUUUCUGAUAUUUAUUCUCAAGGACUGCUUAAGAGACUAACCCAGGAGCUACAGACAUCUGGGGUGGAUUUGUCACAGGCUAACAUCUCAGUUCAACUUGAUGUUGGGAAGGGAGGAAAUAGCAGCUCAAAUGCUAUUGCCCCCACUAUAGAGGAUGUUGAUAAUCAGUCUCCAAUAAAUCAGCCCAUAUCACAUGCUGUGGAGGUAAGUGCAAAGGAGUCUAUCCAGGCUGCCAAGAGAAUCAGGACUGGAGAAAGGUAGUAAUAAUCAGUCGUAUAGGUUUUUUUAGUCUGUGAUUGCAAUUGGAGUUACGGCUCUUCUUUCAAAUGGUAAGUGCAAAUGAGUAUUUAGGCUACCAAGAGAAAGCUCUACUUGUUUGAUUAGUAUAGGUUUUUUUACUCUUGUGACUUUAUAUGGGGUUUUGGCUCUUCUUUCAAAUGUUAGUUUACCCUUUUUGGCCAAGGGAAAGAAGAACCAGGCUGAGUUAGAGAAGAGGUUUUCGGUGUCUAUUUUAACCACAUCAACCCCAACCACCAGAUUGUAGAUUCUGUUGUACAUUUUUUUUUUUUUUUUUUUUGGGUAAGUGGGUUAACAAAAAUAGAUGCUAAAUACUAGUAUAUUAUGACUUGUAAAUCUUUUUGCAUUUCUAAUGCGUCUCAGAAAAACAUUGAUUUCUCACUGCUGCUUUCUUAUUCUAGCUUGGCAUUUGCCAGCAUUCCAGGUAAGUUGUAAUGUUUAAUAUGAACUUCAUGUUUGCGGAAUGGAUUUUCUGAUAACAUAAACUAUAUUAUGAUGCUUCUUUAUUACGGAGUAUCAAGUUUUAAUCAUUUUUUCUUCACCA